AUGCUUUGUGUUUUGACACUGCAUCAUAAUCACAACAUACCAACAGCUGUAAUCGGCUUUACAGCAACUUUUAAGGAUGAAAAAGCAAUAGCAGCAAUCAAAUUACGAGAUGCUAUCAUCACCGAACAAAAACGAAUCAUUGAAGGAUUUCGCACUGAGGCCAAGAAUGCGAAGGAUGAGACUGAAACAGCAGCAAUCAGCUUAAGAGAUGGUAUCAUCGCAGAACAGAAGCAGAUUAUUGAAGAGUUGCGCGAUGAGCUCAAGAUGGUGAUUAUGGACUGGAAGAAAGAAGGGAACGACAAGGGACAUUUGUCACGUCAACAUUUACGUUUAUCGCUGAAACAGUGUAAUAGAAGUAGCAUUUUUGUUUACGAUCACGGACCUGUCUCGGGAAGAUUGUUCAGUGUUGGCGAUCGUUUCAUCGAUGUCGAUGGAAAACAUUUCACGGCGGUAACCGAACUCAGAGAUUACAUUCUAUGGUCGUUCAAUAAACGG